CUAAGUCCGUCUGUCUUUCAGCCCAAACAGCGCACGUCUCUGUCCUCGUCCCUGGACGUCCAAAGGCCAGUGAACCACAGCUGCGAGCCCAGCGAGGUGAGCUCCUCCCUUGGCUACGCCAGCUUCAGCACCAGCCCCCCCGCCAGUCCUCCACUCAGCCCCAACCAGGACUCUGCAGGCUCCAACGACGACUGUCAGCUCACAGACGACGGGCCGUACCAGCGGGACCCUCCUCCUCCUCCUCCCUGCUCUUCCUCCACAUCAAACACUCAGCUGGAGGAGCGAAGGAAGAGCCACAUCCCAGAGGAGUUUGCAGGCCUUCUUCAUGGAUCUUCCCCUGCCUGUGAGACUCCUGACACGCCGUACCAUCUUUACAGCCCCAAACCUCGGAAAUACCCCUCCACAGAAGUGCAGAGCAGCUUGGUGCAAACCCCAGAGUUCAGCAUCGUGAUCGGAGGAGGACCCACUCAGGUCUUCUCCAGAAAGUCAGAGAGGAGCACCAACGACCCCCAAAAGCCUCAGGUGGUGUACCGAACUAUCUUCCACACCAGGGUCAACCAGGAACAGGCUCGUCCCAAGAACUCUGAGCGGGUGGAUUCGUCUCGUGGUUGGUGGACAUUGGACCGACCGCCGUCUUACUGCUCUGAUAAGAAGAAGGAAGUGUCAGAGCGACAGGGAAAGCAGGCGCUCGGCGAGUCUGGCGACGAAGAGCGAGCGUGCACGCUGGGGAGGAUGAGGUCUAUGCCCCGGAGUGUGUUGGACUUGCAGUUGUCCAAGUCUCUUUCUAAGUCUGAUUCCAACCUGGUAGCAGUGUCUCCCAUUCAGGAGGAGCACAGUUGGGGGUCUGGAUCUCGGGGUCCGGGGCCUGGAAGUCCAAACCCAGGUGAGGGUUCCAGUCCAGGCGGACGACUGGAGAGAACACCCUCCUUCACUGCUGAGUGGGAAGAGAUUGACAAGAUUAUGAGCUCCAUCGGUGCAGGAAUUGGUCAUGGAUUGGACAUCAAGGAGGACAUCUCAGGUCCCCGCUGCCCGAUGCAGUCUGUGGGCCAGUGGCUGGACUCCAUCGGCUUGGUCCAGUACGAGAAUCACCUGCUGGCAAAUGGAUUUGACAACGUACAGUUCAUGGGCAGUAACGUGGUGGAGGACCAGGACCUGCUGGAGAUUGGGAUCCUCAACUCGGCCCACAGACAAAGGCUCCUGCAGGCCAUACGGCUGCUGCCCAGGGUGCGGCCCAUCGGUUACGACGGUAACAACCCCACGUCAGUGGCAGAGUGGCUGGAGUCUCUGGAGCUCGGCGACUACACCAAAUCUUUCCUCAUCAACGGUUACACCUCCAUGGAGCUCGUCAAGAAGAUCUGGGAGAUCGAGCUCAUCAACGUAUUGAAGAUAAGUCUUAUCGGACAUAGAAAACGGAUCUUGGCCUCGUUGGGGGACCGGCUACACGAAGACACUCCACAAAAACCACCGCGGGCCAUCUCCCUCAGGGAGCCCGGCGGGAACCACACUCCUCCCCAGCUCAGCCCGUCGGUGGGCCAGGCAGCGUACACGGCGGGGGUCCCGGGCGGAUCUCUAGACGUGCAGCAUCUUAUCAUGCAGGCAGACGCUCGACGCAGACAGCGCAGCAACGACAACUACUUCGAGGACGUGCCGCGAUCCAAGCUGGAACGACAGAUGGCUCAAGUCAGCAUGGCAGGCGAGUGGUGUGAGCCAAUCACGUUGCGGCCACCAAAUGAGGCCUCAUCCACACCGGUGCAGUACUGGCAACAUCAUCCCGAGAAGCUCAUCUUCCAGUCCUGUGAUUAUGAAGCCUAUGUGAGUAUCUGUGUGUUUACACAAUGUAUGAAGGGUGGAAAAAUGUAUUACACUUAA